AUGCAAAACCAAGAGCAGGAGAGCUCCCCUCUUUCUGAUGGGGAGAUUCUUCAUCAACUUCAAGUCGUGCCUGCCAGUCAACAGGGGAAAUAUCAGAAACUCUUCAGCACAUCUAAGAGACGUCUCAUCAAGCGGCUAGAAAAUAAAUUUCAGUACGAGUCUGUGAAGAAGGUACUGCUUCAGCUUUUAGAGUAUCCAGGGCUACGUUCCAAAUUCAGGGCAGGGGUAUUUAGCAACUGGUUCGUCAUGAAAUGUCCGGAGGAAAUAACACACUACCUUACACACAUCCUCAGCGUGUGGUCGUAUAUCAUGGGCCCCGGUGGUACUCAGGACCUGGAUCCAAAAUCCGUCGAGCUGCUGCAAGGGCGUUCACCUGUUUGUUGCGCAGCGGACUAUUGUUAUAUCUCUAACCAGAUCGAGGCCGGUGUGCUCUUCUCCCAUGUAGAAGACCCAGAAAAGCGCAUUGCUAUCGCUUACCGGGCUCUCUCGAUUCCCACCAUAAUCCCAUCAUUAUUCACGGUCAUGGAGGACACCAAAUAUCUCAUGCCAUGUGCGCAGGCUAUAAGAAAGCUCAUCCGGGAUGCUGCAGAAGAUACCAUCCGAGCAUGUCUUUGGAGUCACUAUCAUCCACAGUGCCCUGCCAUCCGCGCCCAUUCCACCUUUCUCCAGGCAUACCGAACCCUCUGGCUCUUUACAAUGCAGCAUUUUCCUGACCUGGGUGAGGAGAUUACGAAUCAACGUAGGAGCGCUCUGGCGCAGCUGGCCCUGUCUCUUGGCUUCGACACCCCCCAAAUCCAGGACAUUCUCCGGGCUCUACCAUCUCUCUCGAUACUGCCCCCUCUCGCAUCCAGCAAUAAACCUAGGCUCACCCAACGGGGAUUCGGUAGGUGGAAGCUGGGUGCCUGUAGUGGGAUGCCUUGCGAGUCGUCCUUCAUGCAGAGCCGGCCGUUCAUGACCUUGCACAAUAUCGAUAAACCGCUUCGAGGUGGUGAAGGUCAAACUCUGACACCUUUUGCGGUUGCCCGAAAUGUGUUUCAGGCAUUUCUUGGUCACCUUCCAUCGCUGCCUGAGGACUCUGCAGAGUUUCACGAAACACCGAGCGCCAGGGAAGCCAGCACAUCGAAUGUGGAAAUUUCCUCGCUCUCAGAAGUACAGGGCCACUUCCAUCCCACACGCUCCUUGUCAUGCGCACGCCAUCCACCGUCUGGGUCCAAAUCAAAUCCCCGUGUCCGCUCUCGCCCUCCUACGCCCACAUUGCAGACGAAUCCUACAUCGCUACACGAUGAACCUGAUAUGGUAUACAGUAGUCUAGACAUACGGGAACAAAAUCAACUGAACACGGAUGCUUCCCCGAUCUCAAACUCACAGGACCACAUCCAACCUAAAGACUUAUUAUCCCUCGUGAGGAAUCCUCCACCUUCCCGAGCUAGCAGCAGACAUGCAGGGGAAAAUACUUUGGAGAUUCUUCCUCUUUCCUCGCCCAAGACAUCAAGCAGUAUCUACAGCCGUGGUACUUGUUCGCCGCGGAAUAGUACCCCCUCUUUCUAUGAUUCAUCGAAUAAUUCACCAAGCCAAGACCGGCCACAGGCUUCACUGUUGCAGUACGACUUUACAGCGUUGGCGGAAUCAAAUCCCUAUAUCCACUCUCACCCUCCCACGCCCACAUUGCGGACGAAUCCUGGCGCGCUGCCAACAGCCCCACUGCCGCCUAGCCUACCGGCCCCGCGCCCCACUCCGCGCCUGGGACUUCUAGGCGAAAAAACCCUCGAGGAUCCAAGAGAUAUUCAACCCCCUUCUAGAGAACAGGGCAGCGGGAAGGCUGUGCUAUAUGAGGUGGGCAGCCCAGCCAUAACUUAUCAACUACCACUCGCACGUCUUACAGGGGUGUGCCAAGUGUAUUCUCGGGAUCACCCAAACUUUUGGUACGCAAUCUGGUCUGAAGGUCAGCUUCGACAGGUCGAAUUUGCUACAGUGCCAGAUCAUUUGCGUAGGAAUGUGGUGAUUACAGGCCCCAUAGAGCACUGGGAGAGAGCUCAAUGUGGUCAAUUCACUGGUGAGUCCCCCAGUGAAAGCCCAACUUGGCUGGAUGAAUUAGGGUACUCUGAGUAUUUUCAGCUCCAAAAGUAA